AUGCUGGCUACCACGACAAUAAUCUCAGCUAAUGCUCAACCCCAAGAAAACGUUACCGUAAAAUCAGUUAUAGUCGCUGGUGGCUCGAAUUCCUCCUGGAAAUCGUCAUCCGGAGAAUUCGCUUUGGGUUUCCAGCGAGUCUCGCCACAUGGCUACCUGCUAGCAAUCACUUUUGACCAAUUGUCCGAGAAAACCAUCGUUUGGGCCGCCAACCGCGACAAACUAGCCAAACCAGGCUCGUUCGCCCAGAUUUCGGCUGAUGGCGGGUUGGAACUCAUUGGUCCUACUGGGGAACAUAUUUGGGCCUCAAACAUUACGGGCCCGGGCAGUGUGGCCCGUGGUACCAUGCUUGACAAUGGCAACUUUGUGCUUGAGAGGCAAGACUCGGUUGUCCUGUGGCAGAGUUUCAAUGAGCCAACCGACACAUUAUUACCCGGCCAGGUACUCAAUCAAAAUGGGAGCUUAUUAGCCGGCUUAUCGGAAACAAAUUCCUCGAAAGGUAGAUUCAAACUCAUACUACAAGAGGACGGCAAUCUUGUUCUCUACACAAUAAAUCACCCAAUGACGGACCCCAUCUUCGCGUAUUGGUCCACACAGACUACGAUCGGCUCUGGGUAUCGUUUAAUCUUCGAACAAUCCGGAUACAUCUACGUGACCUCCAAAAACGGGACAAUGCUCUACAUGGUCUUCCCAAACAAGUUCCCGAAGAAGCAUUUUCGGCAGAGGAUGACUCUGGAUCAUGAUGGAGUCUUGAGGCGCUACGUUUAUCCGAGGUUUGCUAACGUCACCCGUGGGUGGCCUAUGAAAUGGUCGGUUGAUGAUUUCCAGCCCACAAACAUAUGCCUUCGAGUUGGGGGGACGAAAGGUGGUGGGGUCUGCGGGUAUAACAGUUUGUGCACGUUAGGAAAAUACGGGAGCCCGAGUUGUAGCUGCCCGGAUAAGGGGUACUCUGCGGUGGACUCCACUGAUAGGAUGGGUGGGUGUAAGCAAGAUUCGGGGAAUGGGCGUUUUGGGUAUGUUGAUGUGGCGAAUGCGGAUUGGCCGGGGUCGGAGUACGAGUGGUAUGCUUCGGUGAGCGAGGAGUGGUGCAGGGAGUCAUGCCUGGCGGAUGUUUACUGUGCGGCCGCGGUUGUUAGAAGCGGGGGUUGUUGGAAGAUGGGGCUCCCUCUGCGGAAUGGGAGGGUCAACGAGAGCAUUGGCGGGAAGUCAUUGCUCAAAGUACGGCUAUAG